ACAAUGAGCUUCCAGGUGACGGGCCUGGGCCUGAACAAGAUGAAGCUGGACAGUCCCCCGUCCUUCCUGGACCAGGAGGAGGCGGAGGAGGCUGACGAUCCGCAGCUGCUGGAACCGGAGGCCUGGAGGACCUACAUGGAGCGCCGCACCGCCCUGCGCGGCUUCCUGACCUCCGACCUGAGCCCCCGCCUGCUCCGGCGCCACCACGCCCGCACGGAGCUGCUCAAGAAAUGCUCCUACUACAUCGAGAUCCUCCCCAAGCACCUGGCCCUGGGCGACCAGAACCCGCUGCUGCUGCCCACCGCCACGUUCCAGCUCAUCGACCCCUGGAAGUUCCAGCGCAUGAAGAAGGUGGGCGCGGCCCAGGCCAAGAUCCAGCUCCUCCUGCUCACGGACCUGCUGGAGCAGCUGGACCGCGGCCGCGCCGAGCUGGGCGCUCUGCUGGGGUCACCCGACCCGCGGCCCUUCCUGGCGGGCUGGGGGCUGGUGGAGCGCAGGCUGGCGGACCUGGCGGCUGUCAUGGACAGCUUCCUGGCCAUGACGGUACCUGGGCGCCUGCACAUGAAGCACCGCCUGGUGUCCGACGUCGGUGCCACCAAGAUCCCGCACAUCCGGCUCAUGCUAAGCACCAAGAUGCCCGUCAUGUUCGACCGAAAGGAGUCGGUGGCCCACCAGGACUGGGUCAGCCUGCGGUGGUUUGCCACCAUCCAGCCGGUGGCGCCGGAGCAGUUUGAGCUCCGCUUCAAGCUGCUGGACCCGCGGACACAGCAGGAGUGCACGCAGUGUGGCAUCAUCCCCGUGGCCGCCUGCACCUUCGACAUCCACAACCUGAUGCCCAACCGCUCCUACAAGUUCACCGUCAAGAGAGCCGACAGCUACACGCUGGUGUACGAGCCCUGGCGGGACAGCCUCACGCUGCAGACCAGGCCGGGGCCCCCCAAAGGGCCCACCCCCAGUCGGCCGGGCAAGCCAGGCCCGCCCCUGACCACGCUUUCCGAGAGAUGA